GCGACGUCACGACACGGGAAGACUUGUUGGCAUUUACUACCCGACGUUAAGACAUUGGCUCUGAACGAUUCAAGCAUAUUUCGGAGCACUAUACAUGAAAUAUUGAAAAAAUCGUUUAAAGGACCUCUUUACAUUAAACUAGUGGAUAUAUUUAACGAUGCGUUUAUACACGUAGCUAUUGGACAGCAUUUGGACGCAAUUCUCUCUAGAUCCAAAGAUUAUUCAUUGUUUACUCAAGAAAACUACGAUAAUGUAGUCAAAUAUAAGUGCACAUACUACACAAUGAAGUUACCAUUGAUGCUAGCAAUGAUACUGGCCGAUAGAGCGGACGAUGCAUCUUACGAACUCGCCGAAAAUCUAUGCCGAGACGUCGGCGCUUUAUUCCAAAUGAAAAACGACUUCAUGGACUGUUUUGAUUUGGAGUCUGAAAGUGGUAAAUCUGGUACCGACAUACAAGAAGGAAAGUGCACAUGGCUAGCUGUGAAAUCUUUGGAGCGCGGUAACCCACAGCAAAGAAAAACUUUCACAACUUGCUAUGGCAGCUGGAAUCCAGAGGAUGUCGAAACAAUAAAAAGUCUAUAUAAAGAUUUGGAUCUUAAAUCAUUGUACGAAGAACAACAAAUAAUACGAUACAAAAUGUUCAUGCAAAAAGUUCAAGAACUACCAUCAAAUGCUACGCCUACACCUCAAUUGUUUUUGAAGUUGCUUCAAAUGGCUCAGGGUGGACAAUGAGAGAACA